GAAUGCUCAUGUUGCCUGCAUUUCUUGCACUAAUCUUCUUAGAAAGAAGGACAGUAGGUUUUGUAAAAGGACGCAUUUAAAGAUUACGUUGAUCUUGUUUCGCACAACAAAGCCCCAGUCUGUCGCGUUUCUCUAGACGUAUACGAAGAUAAAAGAUGAAUGGGCUGAAGUUACUUAGUUAGAUAGUUCUGCUCUCCUAUUCUUUCAUUAAGGAGACUGCGUCCCUCGUUUUUGUGGGCAGAUUCCACAGACGUGACAUACCUUACAGACUGAGGAAAAUGAGGAUGAUCACCUUCCUCCUGGUUGGACUAAUAGUCCAUGUGGUCUUCUUCCUCUCUAUUUUUGACAUCUACUUCACCUCUCCCCUGGUCCAUGGCAUGACUCCACAGGCCACACCCCUGGCACCCCCUGCGUCCAGGCUGGUGUUAUUGGUGGCCGAUGGUCUCCGAGCAGACAGUCUCUUCACACUCCUCCCCAACGGAUCAUCCAGAGCCCCAUACAUGAGGAGAGUGAUUGAGGAGAAGGGUACCUGGGGUGUGUCACACACACGCGUGCCCACCGAGUCCCGUCCCGGUCAUGUUGCUCUCAUUGCUGGCUUCUAUGAGGAUGUUAGUGCUGUUGCUAAAGGUAGGAAGGAGAAUCCUGUAGAGUUUGACUCAGUUUUCAAUGAGACCCGACACACCUGGUGCUGGGGCAGCCCUGAUAUUCUGCCAAUGUUUGCUAAAGGUGCCAGUGGAGACCAUGUAUAUACCCACACAUACCCAGCAGAGGAGGAGGACUUUGCCUCAACAGACGCCUCCAGGCUGGACACCUGGGUGUUCACUCAAUUCAAAUCAUUCUUUCAGUCAGCAAAGUCAAACUCCAGCCUGAGGGCCAGUCUGCUCGAGGAUAAGAAUGUCUUCUUUCUGCAUCUGCUGGGCAUCGACACAAACGGACAUGCUCACAGACCAAUGUCAAAGGAGUACCUGGACAAUAUUGGUCUAGUAGACACUGGUGUUGCUGAACUGGUGUCUAUGGUAGAAGACUUCUUUGGUCAUGAUGGAAAAACGGCCUAUGUGUUCACUUCUGAUCAUGGCAUGACAAACUGGGGUUCACACGGUGCAGGUCAUCCCUCUGAGACACUCACCCCUUUAGUGGUGUGGGGAGCUGGAGUUCAGAAUGCCCAAAAAGUCACUGAGCCCCAACCAUACAAUGAUGGCUUCCUACAAGAUUGGAAACUGGAGCAUCUUCGUAGAGUUGACGUCAGUCAGGCAGACAUUGCUCCCCUCAUGACUUCUCUCAUUGGUGUCCCCUUUCCUCUUAACUCAGUUGGUGUGUUACCUCUUCUCUACCUUAACAACAGUGACCACUUCAAGGCGGAAAGCAUGUACACUAAUGCUAUUCAAGUACUAGAGCAGUACAAGAUAAAAAUGACCCAGAAAAAGGAGACAACCUUAUCAUUUCUCUUCACCCCAUACCAACUUCUGACUGAGUCAAAACAAUCAGAAUUCAUCCACAAGGCUAAAAUAAUGAUUCAGCUGGAGAAGUAUGAAGAUGCUAUUCGCUUGUGCCGCUCUCUGAUAUCCCAUGCUCUAGAAGGCCUAGUCUACUACCACACCUAUGAUAGGUUCUUCUUGGGAUGCAGUGUGGUGCUGGGAUUUGUAGGCUGGACCUCAUAUGUAGUCCUAGUCAUACUGAAGACUCAUGCCAACCUCAACAGACGCCCAAGUAUCCUUAAACAGAGUCCCAGCCGUGCCUUGGUGAGGCUAUGUAUGUGUGUGACAGUGGUGAUCACUGUCUUCCUGCUUAUCCAAAGGAGCCCCAUUACCUACUAUGUUUACUGCCUGCUGCCUGUCCCUUUAUGGUACUCUGUCCUCAAAGAGUCUGGAACUCUGACAGAUUUAAUUCGCUCAGCUCCCUCUCUGCCACUGUGGAAAUGUUUUGGCUAUUUUGUGCUGGUGUCGUUUGGGAUCGAGCUACUGGUGGUGAGUUUCUUCCAUCGCGCCAUGCUUACUGUGGGACUGGCUGUCCUCUCUCUCUGGCCCUUCCUGUCGGGACUUUUUGGCAAAGCCAGGUUCCGUUCAUUGAGCUGGUGUCUGGGCUGUCUGUGUUUGUCUGCUUUCCCCCUGAUGCCUGUUGUAGGCAGAGAGCCUAAUGUACAUCUGGUUACCUGUGCAGGUCUACUCACUCUCUUCACUUCAGCCUGUUACCUUUGGUCAUCACGACGGAGAACAACACUGCACCUGAGUGAUAGACAGCAGUUUGUCACCCAGAUGCUACAUGUUGCAGUAUGUGCGUAUGUGCCGUCCCUCACACACUCCAGCCUGCAGCAGAAACAGGGCCUGCCACUUUUAAAUCAGAUCAUCAGCUGGACCACAUUAGCGUCUUCUAUGCUCGUUCCAUUGUUGAGCUCAACACGUCUAUUCCACCGACUCCUCAGCAUAUUCCUCUCUCUGACGGCCACAUACCUACUGCUCAGCACCGGGUCAGAGGCAUUGUUCCCCCCUGUGUUAUCUUGGUUGAUGUUUGUGUGGAUCAACAUUGAACAGGAAGCUAUGCUUGCUCAGGGUGUCUCUGGCAGACAAGAGCUCUCCACUCUGGAUUUCUCCGCAAACAUUGACAUCACCAAGAUCCGACAACUGAAGUUAGAUGACAUCAGAAGAUCUUAUUUUUUUGUAUUUUUUAUAAUAACAGCUUUUUUUGGCACAGGGAACAUAGCUUCCAUUAACAGUUUUGACCCAGCGUCUGUUUAUUGUUUCAUCACUGUCUUCAACCCCUUCAUCAUGGGAGCACUGAUGAUGUGGAAGGUUAUUAUUCCAUUCAUAAUAGUAAUGUGCACUUUUGAGACCAUCCAAGUUGCAACGCGGCUCUCAUCAAGAAGUUUGUUCCUCAUUGUCUUGGUCAUCUCUGACUUGAUGGCUUUGCACUUUUUCUUCCUAGUGCAGGACUAUGGUAGCUGGUUGGACAUUGGCACAAGCAUUAGCCAUUAUGUGAUAGUGAUGUCGAUGACCAUCUUCCUGAUGUUGCUCAGUGUGGUAACACACAUUCUCACCUCACAAAGACUUAUUUUGUGGAGACCCAAGAUGCACUUCCCCUAAAUAGACGUGCUUGUGUGUGCAAAUGCAUGCACAUGUUCUAGUUAAACCAUAUACUAAGUACUCAUUUUAAUUUGAUUUAUUUAUAGAUGUUUUAUUUUAUUUAGUAUUUGCCUAUUGAGCCAGAGUUUGUUUGUAUAAAAUAUAGGAUAUUGUUUUAGGACUCAAUAUAGUGUAUAGUACUGUGCAAAAGUCUCACACCACCUGACUAAAUUGUUUUUAAUUGUUGUUAAUUGUUUUGUUGUCCUUGUAUUAAUAGAAUAGAAUAACACUCGUGGUCUAAGACUUUUUCCCAGUACUGUUUGCACUGCACUGUUUGCCACUCAGUGGCUGAUCCAACAUCAUUCUUUUUACAUCAAUGAUUGAUGAACAGCUAAUAUUUAACUGUAUAUUAUACCUUUGCCAAGAGGUCUGAUUUAUGAUCCGCUAAAGCAGGUAACUUAAUAACUAUAUUAGUAUGUUAAAAGUAUUUCCUGUGAAGCUGCCUAAAACAUAUCCUUGUUGAGAAGGAAAAGGGAGUUAUUUUAAGUUAUUGUCACUUGUCACUGUAUUUUUGUACCAGUCAAACUCAUGCAGUGGAAUGGAAACAGGAAUUUUCAUAAAGUGACCUGUGUGUUGUAUUUACUGCAACCAUUAACAGGAUUAAACUUGUUGUCAUUUUAGUUUAUGUGCUCUUUUUUUGUACAUCGGGGUACACUGUAGCCAUAGGCUGGGCUUAGGAACUUAAGGUGGGAAAGUGAAAAAGUAAAACAUUCUUGUAAUGUUCUUAAACAACUGCAGUCCAGAUGCACUUCUAUAGACCCCAGUAGAGUUUGAGAAUCCAGUGGCCAGCGCUGGGAUUGUAGUUGCAUUUGAAAACUUGUAAAUGCCUGUUUUGUAAAUAAGAACAUUGGGAUG